AUGGCUGCACCCAACAGUACCGCAGAUUUUGGGGACAUGAUACCAAGAGCUGGGAUGGAUCGCAAGGACAGGAAUCGCACAGCGCAACGAAAUUUCCGUCAACGUCAAGUCCAGUUCGUACAGGACAUGGAAGAUGGGAUUGGUUUGCUGCAAAACAAGCGCUCUCUCCUGCAUGCCAACAACGAGCUUCUCCGAAGCCAGCUCGACAAUUUGAAGAUCGAGAAUGAGGUCUUGCAAGCAGCAGUGGCCAAGCCGACGAGUAUUUUCAUAUUUCCACAGCCAGUAUCGACGUCCAGUCCGGAAAGUGAUACGAGUACAGCGGAAUACUUGCAGUCGUCUAGACGAGCUUUCGUACCAUUAAUCACUCCGAAGACAUCAAGAGAUGUCAAGCAUAAUCACUGUAGGCAGCCCGUUCCGAGGCGUGCUCACACCAAGAGUAAAACCGGCUGCAAGACUUGUAAGCUGCGCAAGGUCAAAUGCGAUGAAACGACGCCACUGUGCAACAAUUGCGCCAGGCACUUCACCAAUCUCAGGACGUGCGACUUCGAUGAGCUGGACCAUACAUUUGUUGAUCUUCCCGCGAAUAAUCUGGUGGAUAAGCAAAAUCGCCAGCAGUUGUCCAAGAGGCCUUUGUCGGUCGAAGAGGUCUGGCACUUAUUGCAGUCCCAUCCGAGAUAUCUGCUAGACAGGAUUGAUCUCGACAGAUUUGCUCAAGACCUGCGAGCGUUGGUGUUGUCCGAAGACAAAGCUCUGUCGUUCGAUGGAGAUCAGGUACUGGCUUUGAUUUAG